AUGAAAUAUAGCCUACGUAAAUCAUUUAGUUAUCGUCGACGAAAAGAAAAUCAUGAUGAUGAUCAUGUUAAUCCACGUACUACUGAACCAAAUGGUGGUUCAAAUUCCAAUUCCAAUUUAGUUAAAUCAAAUCAAUCAAAAAGUUUUUUAGGACGACGACGUCGUUAUUCAUCAUCACCUCCACCUGCAUCAUCACCAACUAGAACGAAAUCAAAAACCUCUGAACUUCCUUAUAAUAAUCAUAUUAAUGAUGAUGAAGAUGAUGAUGCCGAUAAUGAUCCAUUUGCAUUAUCACCUAAUAUCAAUACUCCAGCACGUCCACUCAAUAAAUUAGCCGAUCAAAUUCGUAAAUCAUUUCGAGGUACUUUAACACGACGUUCUAGACUUGAAAGUACAAAUUCAAAUAAACGUUUAAUACUUAAUACAAAUGAUGAAAAUCGGCCCAUGCCUGUAAUUUUAUCUCCAAUAACGACAGGCCUCACAUCACCAAUGAUUUUACCAGCAGAACCAAUAUUCACAGAUGAAAAAGAUAAAUUAAAAACUCCAAAAAAACGACGAAAAGCACCAUUAGCACCAACACAUAUGAAUCAUUCAAUAUCCGUACCCAAUGAAAAUUUGUCUACGCUUAGUGUAACUGAAAAUUCUGAAUCUGGCUAUGUUUCAUCAUCAAACGAUCAACAACAACAACAACAACAAAAUAUAUCAACGAAAAAAAUCAAAUUUAAUCGAUCAUUUCGUCAACAAAUAUCUCUUCUAUUUAAAAAACGUCAUGCAAAACAACAACAACAACAACUACAAAUACAAAAUUGUAUUGAUGAAGAUCUUGAUCAUCAACAGCAUUUUGAUGAUCAAGAUGAAAUCAAUAUGAAAAAACUUACUCUCGGUCAACGAUUCGAUACAUUGAGACGUUCAUUACAUAUUGGCAAUCGAAAUUCGAUGAGUAAGGGUAAAGGUUAUUUACUUUCAAACGAAUGA